CACUUACGUUAUUCUUAACCAGAAAGAAAUGUUAUCUAAAUGUUUAAAUAUACCUUGUUCAUCUCCACUUUCACACCUCAAACAUACCUGCCAUGCAUAAUGUAUUGCACGUUCAUUCCGUUGAUGUUCAUUGUUUAUUUAUUUGGAUGUACAGCAGCAUUUCAUUGCUACCAGUGUUCAUACAAUAAACUAUAUGAUGUAGACAAAGAGUGGAAUGAUAUCCGAUGUAUGACCUCGCCUGAACAACUUGGAAAGAGAUAUAUAUACCCGUGCAAUGAUACUCAUGGUUAUUGUACUUUCGAAGAAACAUACAAUUUAGCGAGAAAAGAUGUGACGUCGUUUUAUCGACAAUGUAGUAUCACGAACCGAGGUAACGGGUGUACGGAAGAUGCGACCAAGCUAGCGUGUGUUGGGUCAUGCAGAGGAGAAUUUUGUACGAAACAUGAAGUUGGCCGUCGUUACGAAUCAUAUUUCGGAAGCGCUUCUUCAAUAUAUACAAUAAAUAAUUCUGUAUUCGUAUAUACUAUAGUAAUCAUUUGUUCACGUUUGUAUUAUUUUGAUUUUAUGUAAAUUUCUCUGUGAUUUUCGUUGGCUUAUUUACAUUAUUGUUGUAUAUAUACAAAAAUAAAUGAAAAUAAAAUUUGAAUAAAUUGCUAAUGUUACUUGAAGACGUAUCAAUAAAGAUGCGAUUUGUAAAAUGUG